AUGACGGUGCCGGAGGCAGCGAGGGCAAAGGCUCUCUUGCAGCUAACGGCACUUCUGAAGGGCCUGGAGGAGUUCAGGCUCCAACCGGAGAAUGCGGACUUGUACGCUGAGACAGUGGUGACCAGAAUGAGUUCUGAGUAUUCCGACAAGGAGUCCUUUCGCGACCAGCUAAUGGGUCUGCUAGCAAACAUUCGAAACCUGGACGGUGAGCUUGAGAAGGUUGGCCCUUCGCUCCUGGCUACCAUGAAACCAGAGGAGAUGCUCUCCAGCAAACAGCGGCGGGACCGCGACCGUUUCUUGAGGAAGAGGGUUCGUGAACAGAUUCUGUACGACGUGACCAGCAUGCUUUGUGCCACGUGCAAACUUGUGCGGCCGGAUCGUCUCAAUCUCAACCAAUUGGCACUUGACUCGGAGGAAAACGGGACGCAUUUCGACUACAAUUUUGACAACCUUUGCCAGUGUGAUCACCGCAGCGACGAGGACGAGAGAAGCACAUCGACGUUGUCAUCGUUGGCCUCAGAGAACAACGGGAGUGCGGCUGAUGAAUGCUCACCACACGCAUAA